GCAGCGGCGGCGCGGCGUUUCCCGGCGUGCCCCGCGGCGGAUUGUACACAAUCAUCAUGGCUGCCGCCGCUGCCGCCGCCGAUGGUGCCGAGGAGCCGGGCAUGGAGGCGGAGGCGCAGGAGCUGCCGCUGGGCUGCGGCGGAGGGGGCGGCUCGCCGGCGGCGGGGAGGUCUCCGGAGGGUGAGGAGCGCCGGGAGCCCCCGCAGGCGUCUGUCAGCAACGGCGGCGACGAGGACGGCGGGAGGGAGCUGGUGGAGCUGAAGGUAAUCUGGAACAAGAACAAGUACGACGUGAAGUUCUGCCUGGACAGCACGGGAGCCGAGCUGAAGCAGAAGAUCCACUCGCUCACAGGCCUCCCGCCGGCCAUGCAGAAAGUUAUGUUCAAGGGACUUCUGCCAGAGGAGAAAACGUUGCGGGAAAUCAAAGUAACAAACGGAGCGAAAAUAAUGGUUGUGGGCUCUACCAUCAACGAUGUGUUAGCAGUAAAUACGCCCAAAGAAGCUGCUCAACAGGAGGUCAAAGCUGAGGAAAACAAAAAGGAGCCACUUUGCAGACAAAAGCAACACAGAAAAGUGUUGGAUAAAGGAAAACCCGACGAUGUGAUGCCUUCUGUCAAAGGUGUGCAGGAGCGGCUGCCCACGGUGCCGCUGUCCGGCAUGUACAACAAGUCAGGGGGCAAAGUCAGACUGACCUUCAAACUCGAGCAAGACCAGCUGUGGAUUGGCACAAAAGAGAGAACAGAAAAGUUACCCAUGGGGUCCAUUAAAAAUGUGGUGAGUGAACCUAUUGAAGGCCAUGAGGAUUAUCACAUGAUGGCGUUUCAGCUGGGCCCAACAGAAGCAUCUUACUACUGGGUCUAUUGGGUCCCAACUCAGUAUGUGGAUGCAAUCAAAGACACGGUGCUGGGAAAGUGGCAGUAUUUUUGAAAGCACGCUCACCUCUGGCACAGGAAAAUGACACAAAUCUAAGGACACUGCUGGGAGAGGCCUCCAACAUCCCUGGAUGUGACAGUCCUGGAACUUAUUAUUAAAACAUGCUAAACGAGGCAUGGAUGGAAGCCAGAGGUGAUGUUCUUUCACCAUUAGUUUACUUUUAACUUAAAAGAUUUCACCAUCCCUUUUCUGCAGUCAGCUUCAACCAUAUUUAAAGCAAAUACAAUGGAAAUCAAUAAACCUUAAUUCACAAAA